AUGGAUCUGACAACAUUGGUUCCCAUCGCCAAAUUCGUCGGCAUAGUAUGGCCAACUCUCUAUUCUGGUUUCACGGCUUCAGAUAGCCUGACCUUCGUCGAGCCCAUCGUUCGACAUGCACCGGAUGCGAAGACAAUGGCCAAGCAAUGGCUAGCUGGCUAUCAAUAUGGACCUCUGUGGGUGCCUCCUCUUAUCGGCCCCGGCACUCUGGCGAAUCUGUUACUGGCGUACACCAAUCGCUACGACACCAGUCUCCGUAAUGUGUAUAUAGCUGCCGCGGUAGGCAUCUUCAGCAUCUUGCCCAUCACCUUUUUCUAUAUGGAGCCGGGAAUAAAUGGAGCGAGCAAGUGGAAGGUCCAGACGCUCCUGAAGGACGAAGGGUUCAACAUGAAGGACACGACGAUAUACUAUCCGUCCGCGCAUAGGCAUGGGAGCACACAAGCGAGCAGGAGAUGGGCCGAGACGACGGAUAUGAAAGACCUGGUUUUGUUCUGGCGAGCGGUCAAUAAUUGGCGAGCAGUCAUCGCCAUUGCUGCAGCUGGAUUGAGUGGUUGGGCUACCUUCAGUGUACAAUAG